AUGAAUGUUUCAGUAAGACAAAUGGAAGAUCCUGCCCUAGAGCAAAUUAAAAAAUUAUUACCACUACUCCAAACAAACACCAAUGAAAAUCGUCAAGUUACCGAAAAUGCACAAAAAGAUUUUAAGCAAAAUAUUGCCACACCAAAAUUUUCCCAGUUAGAUGAAGGUAAAAAUAUAAAAGAGGAUAAUCUAAGUAUGCACAAUGCCGAGGAGGAAUCUCCAGAUACUAAGGGGAAAGAUGAGCCAAAUAAGACAAAAAUAAAAGUAAAAACAAAAGAAAUUUUUGAAAGCAUGAAACAUGAGAAUCUUGAUAAAUAUAAAUAAAUAUACUGAUAAAAUACUGAAUAAAUAUAUACUGAAUAAAUAUACUGAUGGAAAAAUUUUAAAUAAAAAGGGAGGAAAAGAAAUACAGG